CCCAAUAACAACUCUUUCUUUUCUUUUUUGUCCAUGACGAAGCCUACGAGAUAAUUGACACUGGUUCUUGUUUUUAAGUGCAGCGCGCAGGACGCCAUCGAAUCUACCCACCACCACCACUACUCUUUACCCACACCCGCACACACACACCCACCAUGCGCAUCCUCCCCCUCCUGAUCACCUACCUCUUCCUCCCCAUAAUCACCGCCAAAUUCAGCCCCAUCUGCAUCCGUGUCCUCGGCGCACUGACCGGCCGCCCCAAUGAUCUCUUUACCAAAUUCCAGCGCGAAAUCUGCGACCAAGGAUGCCAACCCACCGUACCGCACUGGGACCUCUGGACGCGCAACAAUACCUUCCUCCCGGCGGUGCGCAGCCUCAUGAAACAUGUCGAUAAUCCGCGCCAGGAAGAGGCGAUGGUGCGGCUAGGCGACGAUGUAGCGGACGUAAUCAAGCGACAGUGCGGGCCAUUGUUGCAAGGGCGGGAUAUCUGCUCGGAUGAUGAGACGCUGGCGGCGUUUGGGACAUGUUUCAAGAAAGGGUUUGUGCGGGCGGCAUUGACUAAUUUGCCGACGUUGCUGCCGCUGGCGUCGGAGGAGGUGUGUCGCGAGCAGUAUGAGUGGUUGCAGAAGGAUGAGUUGUGGGAGGUGAUUAUUCCGGGGAAAAUGCGGGAGUAUGCGGGUGUUUGUCGGGGGUUGGGAGGGGGAUUGGGUGCGAUGUUGGUGGAGGAGUUGUUGAGUGGAUAAGUAGGAUUAUUACUACUGUUAUGGCUGGGUUAGACCUUUGAAUAGGUGCCUCCUUCCAUCUCUACUAGUAUAAAAGAGCUUGUUGUUACUUUCCAAUCUCUCCCUUUCUCUUUCUUUUCAAC